ACAAUCUUUAUCCAUCCAUUUCUGACCUCACUCACUCUCUUCGCGCGCCGGUCUUACCUCUUGCCUCCUGGCGGGGCCUCUCUCUCUCUCUCUCUCUCUCUCUCUCUCUCUGAUUUCUCUCCCCCACAUUCUGGUUCAUUGACAAUACAGAACGCAUACAUACAUAGUUUACUAGGUGUAUGUAUACACAAGCGUGAUGUAGCCUCAUGUAUUUUCGCCGUUGUUGAUUCAAAUUCACGAGUCUCUGCAACAUCAGACUAUACAUUCACAUCAGGGGUACAUUUUCAUACCCUACAGAACUUAGCCCUCAUGUUUGAGGAAAGGAUUGAGCAGCGGUCACCAUGAACCAAUCAUAUAUGUCCAGGUGGUCAGAAUAGGCAGAACCAUGACUGGCGACCGUCUUGUUUGUUGCUUCUCCUCGUGACCGAGGUCCUUCACAGCAUGGCCCCAAGACCUCUGCGCCUCACCUCCAGGCGAUCUCCUCGCAAGUUUAUUCUCAUUCUCCUCCUCAUACUCGUCCCAAUUUCCUUAAUUGCAAUUUUCAACCACCGACAAAAGAUCUCCUACUUCUUCCGCCCACUCUGGGACACUCCGUCACCCCCCUUCCACCACCUGCCACAUUACUAUGCCGAGAACGUCUCUAUGGACCAACUUUGCCGUCUCCACGGCUGGUCCCUCCGCUCCCAACCCCGCCGUGUGUUUGACGCCAUCAUCUUCAGCAAUGAGCUCGACUUGCUCGAAAUCCGCUGGCGUGAACUAAACCCCUACGUCACAAAAUUGGUAAUCCUCGAAGCCAACACCACCUUCACUGGCAUCCCAAAACCCCUCCUCUUCGCUUCCAAUCGUGACCGGUUUUCCUUUGCGGAGGGCAAAAUUGUCCACGGCGUGUUCACGGUGGGUCACACUUCGCCUCGCGGAGACCCAUUUGUGGUCGAGUCGCAGCAACGUGGGUCCAUGAACCAAUUACUUAUUCGGGCGGGUAUUUCCACUGGAGACCUAGUUAUUAUGGCAGAUACCGAUGAGAUCCCUAGCCUCCACACUAUUAAACUACUACAGUCUUGCGAAGGGGUACCACCUGUAUUGCACCUUGAGCUAAGACAGUACAUGUACUCAUUCGAGUUUCCGAUUGACUACAGCAGCUGGCGGACCACGGCUCAAAUAUAUGGGCCGGGGACCCGUUACCGUCACUCGCGCGUAACCGAUCUUAUUCUCUCCGAUGCUGGAUGGCAUUGCAGUUUUUGCUUCCGUCAUUUGAGGGAGUUUGUGUUCAAAAUGACCGGGUACAGCCACGCUGACAGAGUGAGGCACAAGGAGUUUUUGCAUUACUCUAGAAUCCAGAAACUGAUCUGCGACGGAGAUGAUCUUUUCGAUAUGCUACCGGAGGAGUUUAGUUUCCAGGAGCUCAUCAAGAAGAUGGGACCGAUACCCAAAUCGGCCUCCGCUGUUCAUCUUCCCUCUUACUUAUUAGAAAAUGCAGAAAGGUACAAGUUUCUUCUCCCCGGUGGCUGUUUACGAUCAUCUUAAUUUGUUUUCUCACUUGUAGGCUAGACACGAUUUUCCCACGUGAAUUUCUGGGGUUUCUUUUGUACCCAACCCUGGAAUUUGUUGCACUGUUUGUCAGGACCUUAGUUUUCAGAUGAAACUUUUUCGUUCUUUUUUUUGUUUCGACUCUUUCAAUUUAUGUACCCUAUCAAGAUAAACCUCGAGAAUUGACAUAGGAUGAUGUUUUCUAUUACUGAAUGUAGCUGAAUUGGAUGAACAGUUGAAUGA